CGUAACGGACUUAGCCCCUUUUCAACACCCAAUUACCCAUUAAGAAAGGGUAAGUAUGAGAGUUGCAGUUAUUGGAUACGAGCGCCUAUCGAUCAUACGGUUGAAGUAACAUUUGAUGACUUCAGUUUUGGGCAACCAUUUACUGGUGAAGAGAAACACGGCAUCAGUGGCUUGUGUUUGGAUGAAAGCGUCGAAAUCAGGAAUUUGGACGAUAUUUACAAUGGAAACAUAUAUUGUGGCGAACAGAUUGAACCGCAAACUGUUAUGACAUCGACUCAAAGAGAUUUUAUAAUUAUUAUUAUAGCCGACGACCAAAUGCGUGGACGCGGUCUCAAAGCUAACGUUAAGUUCAUCGAAAAAGAGGAAACUAAACAAUUGGACUUGAUGAUAGGCUUAAAUAAUGGCCAAAAACUUAAACAAUUGGACAAAAGGAUUGUCACUUUAGGCCGAAGGAAACUUUCAAACAUGAUUAAGACUUCCUUCUCUUCCGAUCAGAAAAGUAGAGUCAAACUCAUGACAACAAUAUUCGUUGAGAUCAGCUUUUGGAAAUUUGAAAGCUAUUUGAAAGCGCACUCCCUCUGCACGCUAUCGGUGGGGGAGGGGUUGAGGCAAGUAUUGCUGCCAAAAUGCACACUGUUUUGCUCGGGGGCCCCGACCAAUCUCGGUAUUGUUAAUCGCAAGCGUCAGAUAUUCCUUGCCGUGAACCUUGGCCCAAUAAGUCAUCAUUUGUUCACUGAGUCUCCUUUCCUCUGGAGUAAACUGGAAGCGAGGGUUAAGGGGUUCGCCGAAAACAUAACUGAUUUCGUCUCCAUGUAUGGCACCCAUCCAUUUAGGCCAUGGACUUUGGGCCGUGCGGUGUGUGAAGUAAUACAUAUACACAUCAUUACCGGCGGCCGCGUAACGAGAGGCCAAUUCAUUGACAUGACAUGUGAAGUGAUAAUCGCCAACCAUUUUGUCGACAGCGUCCCUGAGUCGAGUCUUUUUAAAGUCUUUGUUAGCCAACGACACGUCUGGCGGCUCAUCGAGGAAAGUGCCGUCAAUGAUGGGCACGAAUGGGAACUCAACGACACCAAAAUUUCCCGAUUCAUUGCUGACCAGUUCCCAGGGAUCCGCUCCUCGCAGACACUCGACCACUGCGUCCUGAUUCUUGGGGUCGUGCGGACAGCCAACGGCCUCCGCGAGUCUCAGUCCUCUCAAUGUUAA